GGGCAAAUGUGCGCACUGGAGAGAUCGAAGAGGAUACAAAUGGCUUACAACAUAGUCCUAGCAGUGGUCCUUGCCCUCAACUUAGCUGGAGGGGUGGUGCAGCAUCGAUCCUUGGAGGAUGCCCGCCUGGAACGCCAACAUCUGACCCACAAAUACAUCAAGCUGCUGAACAAGGAGGAGGGUGCCAUUCGCCUCGUGGGCGGCGACAAUGAAUACGAAGGAAACAUCGAGGUCCUGCACAACGGCAAAUGGGGCGCCGUUUGCGAUGAUGAAUGGGACUCCGCCGAAGGUCACAUUGUCUGCCGGCAACUGGGCUUUCCCGGCAUGCGGCGCCUCACAAGGAGCGGCUACUUUGGGCCCGCCCGGCGUCGGUUCUGGAUGGAUAACCUCUUCUGCGAGGGUCACGAGCAGGAACUGGUGUCCUGCCACUUCGAAGGCUGGGGCGAGAACGACUGUGAGCCCGGGGAGGCGGCCGGCGUGAUAUGCUAUCCCCCGGAAAACGCCGUGAUCCCUCUGCCAGUACCUAUCCUGAGGGAGGAGGACCUGCCCAAGUACCCUAUCCAUGCUCGCUCCAGGUUGUACGUCAGACUAAGGGGCGGGCGGUCCCGGAACGAGGGUCGAGUGGAGGUUAGCCUAGACGGUGGCCGGUGGGGAAGUGUCUGCGCCGACGGAUGGUCCCUCCUCGAGGCCAACGUGGUAUGCAGGCAACUGGGACUGGGGUACGCCAGCGAGGCCUUCCAGACGGACUUUUUCGGUGGCAUCAACGUCUCCCGGCCUGUUCUUAGUGGCAGCGAAUGUUUCGGCAACGAAACGGAGCUGGCCGAUUGCCUGCAUCACGAUGUGCGGCAGGGAGUGGUCAGCUGCCACGGCAACAGGCAGCAUGUGGCAGCUGUGAUCUGCGACUUCAGGUCCCCGGAUCUGGUGGUGGACUACCUGGAGAUCGAGCAGACGGCCCACCUGGAGGACCGGCCCAUGCUGCUGAUGCAGUGCGCCAUGGAGGAGAAUUGUGUGGCCAAUGAGGCCUACCAGAUCCAAAGAGACGAUCCCCAUUGGCGGUACAGAUCCCGGAGGCUGCUGAAGUUUACGGCUGCUGCCAUAAACGCGGGAAACGCCGAUUUCCGGCCCUUUAAGGAGAAGAGCCAGUGGGAGUGGCACAUGUGUCAUAUGCACUUUCACAGCAUGGAGGUGUUUGCUACCUUUGACAUCUUCGACCUCAGUGGCCGGAAGGUUGCCCAGGGCCACAAGGCCUCCUUCUGCUUGGAGGACAGCAGCUGCCUACCAGGAGUGCCCAAGAAGUAUAGCUGCGCCAACUACGGAGAUCAGGGCAUUUCCAUCAACUGCUCUGAUGUGUACCUCUACAAUCUGGACUGCCAAUGGGUGGACAUCACAGACCUGAGCCCCGGGUCCUAUGUGCUGAAGAUAGCCAUCAACCCGGAGUUCAAGGUGGCCGAAAUGAGCUUCGACAACAACGCUGCCAUCUGCGAUCUGAUCUACACGGAAAACCUAGCCCGCGUGUUGAACUGCCAGCUGGGCAGACCGUGAAGGUGGACCGGAAGUGGAAACAAAUCAAAGUGCCAAAAACUAUCUUUAACCAAAGGGAGCUUGUAUAUUUUCUACCAUAUACCAUAUAUCUUUAACGAAAUUAAAAGUGCACAUUUCACAAA